UGUAGUGAUCGUUAAAAUGCAAAGUGCACGUCCUUUUAAUAUUUGCUUUCAAAUAUCUAGAUGCAUUAGUUCAUCCAGCAUGUGUUCGACUUUAAAGAGAGAAAGUAGAUUUAUGAAAAAAUUCGUGAAUGAAAGUCACAAAUCGAAAAAAAAGUGGUAUGACUCAAGUACAGUAUUACGCAGUGUCACAAACGUCAAUCCAACCGAUAAAUCACCUUCUACACAUACCAGACGCAGAAUGAUAAUUCGUGAUAAACUUUUCAUGCAACAUAUAACAGAUAUAAUGUCGAUGGGACAAGUAUCUGACAUUAUAAAAGAAAGUAUAGAGAUUACUCAUGUCAAAAUAAUGCAAGAUUUUCAACAUGUCAAUGUGUUUUAUAUACCUAGUAACGACGCCUCAGUUGAUCAAGAAACGUUGCAGAAGUGCGCCCGAAUUAUUCGGCAUGAGCUAUCACAGCUCCGUGUCAUAGGUGUAGUGCCGCCUAUCUAUUUUGUUGAAAAUAAGCUCUAUUGUAGAGAGAAGGAGGUCGAAAAGAGAUUAGCAAUGAUAAAUUUCGAGGAAAAUAGUGAAAUCUUUUCCGAACAAAUGGAAUCAGAUAUGUUAGUAGUAUCCGAUGUUAGUAGUGUCGAUCAGAUUUCGCACAAAGAAGCAGUUGUAAACGAUAAUUCCAAGCUAGAUGAAUUUUAUAUCCAAUUGCCAAUAAUGAGACACAAUGUAUUAGGACUAGAUCAUCACAAAAUCAUGUCUCGGAUUACUAGUGCAGUGUCCAAGGCGAAGAAAGCUGCGCAAAUACGAACGUUGGAUAUGAAUACCAGUACAGAUAAAAGCGAUCCAGUCUCAAAAGAAGUCGAAUUCCUAACCAAGGAAGAGCAACGAAAGGUCUUUUCUGAUUUUCUAAUUAAAAGACAAAGGGAAACACGACGCAAGAAACAAUCGAAUGGCCGGAAACUGUUAAAUAAUUUUGAAGAGAUAAAUAAUGAAGAAUCUAAUUACGAGAAUGAUGUUGAUAUCGACAUCGAUGAUAAAUAUAUUGACGACGAUAACAAUGAUUUCCAGGACACGCAAAAAUGAUUU